AUGGAUAUUGUUGUGCAGCCAUCUGUCUCUUGGAUGGAGAUGAACGAGGCCAUCAAGUCAAGUGGCCUAUUUUUCCCUGUGGACCCGGGACCACCGGCAAAGAUUGGCGGAAUGAUUGCGACCAACUGCAGUGGCACCAACGCUGUGCGGUAUGGAACUAUGAAAGACUGGGUUAUCAAUCUGACAGUCGUUCUACCGGAUGGGAGGAUCAUCAAGACACGAAAGCGGCCACGCAAGUCGUCGGCCGGUUACAAUUUGAACGGCCUUUUCACCGGCUCCGAAGGAACACUCGGGUUUGUGACAGAAGCAACACUGAAAUUGGCGAAUAUCCCACAAGCAACUGGCGUGGGCGUGGCAAAAUUCCCAACCAUGAGAGCCGCUGCUAAUGCGGCUACCCAAAUUGUUCGUCAGGGCAUACCAGUCGGAGCCGUUGAGAUACUAGACGAUGUUCAAAUGGACGUGAUCAACCAGAUGGGAGCCACGGGUAGGUUGUGGGAAAAGCUGCCGACUCUUUUCUUCAAGUUCAGUGGUACCAAGGUUGGAGUGCAGGAUAACAUUGAGGAUGUUCGGAAAAUAGUGAGCAACAACGAAGGGAGUGAGCUGGAAGUGGAAAAAGAUAAAGCAAAGCAGACAGUACUUUGGUCUGCCCGGAAGGAGGCUUUAUGGAGCAUGCUUUGUAUGAGAGAAUCAGGGCAUGAGGUUUGGUCCACUGACGUUGCUGUUCCUUUAUCUCGACUUCCAGAUCUGGUUGAAGUAUCAAAGAAAGAUCUUGAAAGCCUAGGUCUGUUUGGCAGUAUGCUCGGUCACGUCGGUGAUGGCAACUUCCAUGAGACUAUCUUGUUCGAUGGCGCCAAGGAGCGGGAUCUGGUGUCCAAGUGCGUUCAUGAUAUGGUUCAUCGCGCAAUCGAGAUGGAGGGCACAUGCACUGGCGAGCAUGGCAUCGGUUUGGGUAAGAAGGAAUUUAUGGAGAAGGAAGUGGGAGAAGGAAGCUUGUCUAUCAUGCGUGGAAUCAAGCUCUCCAUCGACCCCUUCUGGCUGAUGAAUCCCGGGAAGGUCUUUGAUCCGUAA